AUGCUUGGUAGAGUUGCAAGAUGUUUUUCUACUUUAAGAAUUGCCGGUAAAUAUACACCAGAGUUUAAAAUAUACAAGACAAAUGAAGCCACUGGAAAGUCGGAAUCCUUCUUUCAUGAUGUACCAAUUAACCUCAACAAGACUGACGGUACUCUUGACAUGAUUGUUGAGAUUCCAAGGUACGAACAAGGGAAGUUUGAGAUUUCUAAAGACAUCCCAUAUAACCCUAUUGUUCAAGAUACGAAAAAGGGUAAGCUUCGGUUUAUCAAUAACAUCUAUCCAUUCCAUGGUUACCCAUGCAACUAUGGUGCUAUACCUCAAACCUGGGAACAUCCGGCAAAGGCGUCUGAGAUCAAUGGUGACAAGGUCUUCGGUGACAAUGAUCCCUUGGAUAUUUGUGAAAUAAGUUCGACCGUUGAACCUGCAACUGUAGGCUCUUUGAAGAAAGUUAAGAUUUUAGGGUGUCUAGCAAUGAUUGAUGACGGUGAGUUGGACUGGAAACUAUUAGCCAUUGAUGUUAAGGACAAAUUAUCAAAUGACUUGCAUGAUAUCUCCGAUCUGGAUCCUAAGAUGCCUUUACUUCUAGAUAGUUUGAAAUCGUGGUUUAAAAACUACAAAUUGCCUAUGGGCAAGCCUGAAAAUGAGUUUGCGUUUAACAGUGAAUGGUUGGGCAGAGAUAAAGCAUUGAUCGUUGUCGAAGAGUGCCAUGCAAAUUGGAAGGCACUCAUCUCUGGUAAUAUUAAGAGUGAAACCUAUCCUUUAAUCAUAAAUUCUACACUCGGAAACACAGCCGGUUUUGUGAAAAGCCCUGCAAACCCACCAGAAUUGGCACCUUCUACAAGUGAUGCACCUGUACCUCUUGAAGCAAGAGAGAUAUUCUAUUACCGUUCUUAG